ACGCUAGUGAGUAGUGUGACACUACUCCAGUCCAGUCCGUCUGACUCCAACAAAUCCAAUUUUUCGAAAAAGCAGUUAAAAAUGGAACCCAUGAAUUUAGGUAGCGCCCCUACGAGCCCCUCAUCUCCACCAACGAACUCCAUUCUUUUACCCAAUAUUCUAAUGGGAGAUGAUUUUGUACCUUCAACCCCUCAUAAUCCAACAAUAUCUCCUGGACGUAACAGGACUAGGACGCCGGGAAGCUUCAAGUCCCCUGCAAAUGUAAUCGAAGGCAGAUAUUCAGGUCAAAGUUGGUUCAAUGGGUCCCAAAUUGAAAGUCCAGUGCCACAGUUGCCCUACGGCCAGAAAAAAGAAAAUGCUGGGCCUCCAACUACAAGCCUAUUUCAUGCAGGUGAUAGAAAUCCGAUGUCUCCAGUUUCAUGUGGGACACUAGCCUACCAUGGUGGACCUACAACAUAUAACGAAAACAUUUCAAGAAUUCAUUCCGAAGAAACUUUUAAUUCAAGCAGAAACCUAAGCAACUCGAGAUUUGAAAGAAUUGAUUCUUAUUGGGUUACAGUAUUCGGAUUUCCGCCAAGUUCCUUAAACAUGAUACUCUCCCAACUCUCAAACUGUGGAAUGAUUGUGGAGAAAAGAAUGGCACAAGGAAAUUGGGUGCAUGUACGGUUCAGUAACUUUAAUGAAGUUUCCAAAGCCCUAUCGCUAAAUGGAAAAAUUAUAAGUCAUGAUGUAAUGAUUGGAGUUCAAUUGCAUUAUCCAAAAGAAAAUAAGGAAAAUAGUGGCAUGAUGACAUCACCUAUUAGAGCACUAAACCAAAGACACUCCUAUAUAUCACCACAGCAUGCAUCUAACAACUUACUCCAAAGGCAAAAUUUGCCACAAAAAUCUACCGGUCUUUUCUCUUCCUGUCUUGGUAAAACAGGUAAUAUGGGUACCAAGCUAGGCUCAUGGUCAGACAAUUCCUCAGACAAUUCAGACAUAGCAAAAGCCAGAAUCCCUAACAGACCAGAACACCUUGUUAGAGUCGCUAUUUGAGUGAAAAUGAACAAUGAAACCAGAAGAAUAGAAGAAUAUUGGAAAAUACAUGUUGAGGAAUAGGACAUGCAUUGUAUAGUUGAAGGACUCUACCAAGAAAAUCAAUUAAAUGUAGGUCUAGAGUCAGUGUGAUUAAAAUUUAUAUUAAAAUCGCAGAAGAGAUUAUCUAAUGAUAUUGGGAAAGGAUGACAGCAGAUUUUGCUUUUUUCCGAAAACAUUUAGGUGGUUCUAUAGAAAAUAAGGGCCGUGAAAUACAUUCUAACAGCCUUUUUUUCCCCUUAUGCCUGAUUUAUAUAUGAAAAUUGGUUAGGAAAACCAAUUUUCAUAUAUAAAUGCAUUUGAUUCCAGUGUUAUGCUUAGUUGAGGAUAGGGCACAGAUUUUAUCUACACUAGGAUAUUGGUUCUUAAAUCUCUGGAUAUAGCAUAGACGGAUAUACCUAGUGUAUAGAAUAAAAAUAACAUAAUCGAAUAAUUUAUUAAUAAUGGCAGCUAAAUAAUAUUGAAUAAAUAGGGCAAAAUUUAUCAAUAAUAAUUAUGAAAACAACAAACUUACCUGUUACUAAGUAAUUCAUGAUCAAUUUGUUCAUGUUACUGCGACCUGCGUCGUUAUCCUCGAGCAAUUUAAUCCAGUCUUCCUUUGUUGUAAUUUCGUGUUUCUCUGUACUCAUUGUUUAACUAUUCAGUAUUUAUUUUGGUAAUAAAAAAACAAAUAAAUUUGCUUUGCACAACACUUUUCGUCUUUGUUUGUGUGGAAUCUGACGUGACAUUGACAAUUUAAUUUUGAC